GGGUAACAUGAUCAAAUGAAUCUCGAAGACUAUCCGAUGAGUGGAGGGGGGUAUGCAUCUAUUGGGAUUUUCCGACUAUAUAAAGGCAGAUGUACUGCACAUCCCUGGUAUAUCACGUAUCAGUUCAUCGUUAAAGGACGAAAGGGUGCAAGGAAAACACAUUCGCUUACGAACACUUUUAAAACUACUAAAUCUAUCAUCAUGAAGACGGUAUUUGUACUGGCGGCUCUUUUAGUCGUAACUUUUGGUAAACCGCAAGGUAAUCCCAAUGACAUCACCAUUGUAAAGCAGGAGGAAGUUAACAAUAUCGGGGUUGGUGGAUAUCACUUCAGUUACGAACAAAGCGAUGGACAGAAAAGAGACGAAACUGCCGAAUUGAAAAACGAGGGUACUGACGAUGAAGAAUUAGCCGUCACGGGUAGUUUUUCAUUCAUCUCUCCGGAUGGUCAUACGUACAGGGUUGAUUACACUGCCGACAAGGACGGUUUCCAUCCUAACAUUCAGCUCGUAUCGAAAUAAAUUCAAAAGGACGAUUUAAUAUUACUCAAGAAGCCGAAGGAAUCUUACGCUAAACUACAAGAACACGUCACUUAGGAUUUUUCGACAAACUUCGCAUAGAUAAAAGCGCAUCAUAAACAAUAAUUUCGUCUUAACAUGUAACGUUUGUUUCUCAUGUAUUCACGCUGCGGAUGAGACACAACUCGGUUUUAAACUCAAAACGUGUUAAGUUUUUCUUCUUAUUUAAGGCUUCGUAAAAAGUCGUGGUUACUUUCGAUUACAAAUUUGCUCUCUUUCUUUUUCUUCUUCACUCUUCUCAUUACUCUUCUUCUUCUUCUUCUUCUUCUUCUUCUUCUUCUUCUUCUUACUUUUUGUUUAGGAUUUAAUUUUCACUUGCAGAAGAUUAUUUAAUCAACGAUCGAGAGAUCUCGAUGAUUUCUAUUUUUUCUUUUUUUUUGUUUUCUUCAUCCUCCUCCUCCAUCUCCUCUGACAAAGAAAAAAAAGAAAAGAAAGAAUAAUGAAUGAUAGUAAAAAUUCCGAUAAUUUCUCGAUGGUAUUAUUAAAUUUAAGAAGAUUAACUUUUCACGAAUAACAUUUGAGUUAUUUCGUGUGAAGAAGCAUGGUAGUAGUAGUUCUAUGCAAAUGUUGUCUUACGAGAUCUAACACGGGUCACGUGCUUCUCGCGAAAAACGUGUCCAUUCCGCAGAUAUAAUACAUGAUGUAAUACUUAUAAACUGCCAGCAGCAAACAAACAAACAACAGACAGACAGACAGACAGACAGAAACACAUUUUGAACGAGAGAGAAAGACACAUCAUCAAUGAAGAGUUCGUUCUAAGCAACAAAACCAAGCGCGAGACGACGACGGCGUAAUGUUCAUUACAACGUCGCAGAUUAAAUUACAUCUACUAAGAGAGAUACCUUACUUCUUUCUUUUUUUUUUUACACACACACACACACACACACACACCUACAACCAACUUGUUGUAUCUAUAAUAAACAAUGCAGUAAAUGCAUAUAAACUUGUA